AUGAGUGUACGUGAGGAAGAUAGGCAGAAAAAUAGCUGCCCAAGUCGUGGUCUUGGCAUCGCUGUAGCAGCCAUUGGCGUUGGAGUUGGAGCAGCUUUGUACUACUUCUUCAACAAACGACAGGAAACACCAAAUUCUGAAGGUUCCACCAGCGAUUGGCAAUGUGAACAACCUCAGACCUUCGAAAAGACCGACUCAGACGAUUCCUACACGACGAUAUCGGAACACGAAACAACAGACACGAGUAUAAACAGAACAGAAAGUUUAGACCAAUCAGAAGAUUCCGAAGAGUCAGAACAUUCAGAGACGUCAGAACAUUCAGAGAGUUCUGACUCAAGUUCAGACGAUUUAGAGACAAGUGAUUCAGAGAUAAAUGAUGUUUUUAUGGGCGAUAGUACAAUGGAGUCUGGAUAUUCGUUUUUUCAAAAUGCCGUGACGUCAGCGUUGGAGACUGAUUCGGAAAUGGACUGGGACGUUACGACCUCUUCUGUUGGCGUUCCCGAAGACCCUGGUCAUUCAUCAUUCGCCAGUCUGCUCGGUAGAAUAAGUACUAUUAUAAGUCCUAGAAAGAAAGUCCGCGAACGCUCCUGGACUCUGGAAGAAUGUUCUAUCUGCUUCGACGUGAUGCUUCGCAACCAAGAAGUCACUUCGCUGCCAUGUACACACAAUUUUCACACCGAUUGUAUCAUGCCAUGGCUACAGGAGAAACAAACUUGCCCUAAUUGUCGCAAAGUUGCUUAG